AGGCUCCGCCCAUUUGAGUCCUUUAUGAGUAUUGUAGAAAUGAUUUUAUGGAUCAGUGUCUCCUAUUGAAAAGUGUUUCACUGAAGCACAAAUAAAACUGGUUCCGGUUGGAGCUCCAGGGUUGGACCGAGGGAAUGGAGACCCGACAGCGGAUGAAAUCAGUCCUCCAGAGGCGCAUAGACUCCAUGGCGCAGCAGCUCCACAGGCUGAGUCUGGACAUUUGGAGCAGACCCGAACUCUCCGCUCAGGAAGUGAGCGCUCAUGACACUCUGGUCCGGUUCUUCUCCGAGCAGAACCAGGGCUGGACGGUCCAAAGCCAAUAUAAACUGCCCACCGCGUUCCGGGCCAGCUGGGGGCCGCUGGGUGCCAGCCGGGGGGCCGCGCUGAACGUGGCUUUCCUGUGCGAGUAUGACGCGCUGCCGGGGAUCGGACACGCGUGCGGCCACAACCUGAUAGCAGAGGUGGGAGCUGCGGCUGCAGUGGGGCUGAAAGCUGCUGUGGAGACCCACGCAGAACAGGCUGUCCCAGUGGAGAUAACUGUUCUGGGAACUCCUGCAGAGGAGGCGGUUGGAGGAAAGAUUGACCUGAUCCGAGCGGGGGCUUUCAGUGAUGUGGAUCUGGUCUUCAUGGCUCAUCCAGCUCAGCAGGAUGCUCCCUUCCUUCCCACCGUCACCAUCACAGAGAUGUCAGUGAAGUACCACGGGAAAGCGUCCCAUGCUUCAGCGUACCCUUGGGAGGGGGUAAAUGCUCUGGAUGCUGCUGUGCUGGCUUACAGCAACCUCUCCGCGCUCAGACAGCAGCUCAAGCCUGAGUGGAGGCUGCAUGGCAUCAUCAAACACGGCGGGGUGAAGCCCAACAUCAUCCCUGCCUACUCUGAGUUGGAGUUUUAUUUGCGAACUCCACAGCUGAGUGAUCUGUGGGAGCUGAAGGCCAAAGCUGAGGCUUGUUUCCGAGCUGCUGCUCUGGCCACAGGCUGCCAGGUGGAGAUAAUCUACCCGGCACACACCUACUCUAACAUACUGCCUAAUUUCACUCUGGCGAACCUGUAUGAGAGCAACGGAAAAGCUUUGGGGAUGAUGUUUCCUGAGCAGCCAGCCAGCUUCUCUGGUUCCACAGACUUUGGGAACGUAUCCUUCUUAGUGCCUGGGAUCCAUCCUUUCUUCUACAUUGGCACGGAUGCAUUAAACCACACAGAGGAAUACGCUAAAGCAGCAGGAGCUGAGGUGGCCCAGUUGCACACCCUGAGGGCAGCCAAGGCCCUGGCAAUGACAGCUGUGGAUGUGAUGUGCUGCCCAGAUCUCUUGCAGCAAGCGAGAGAGGACUUCAGGCUGGCCAAACUGAGAGCAGAGGACAGACACGCAAAUCCGGAACAAACAUAAAUCAUCAGAACUUGACUAAAGUUAGAAGGUCAAAUCUGCUCAGUUUGGUUUGGAGAGUACUUGCUAAAAAACAUGAUGCUUUGUAAAGUAUGUACACUCAAUAAAAAACACAAACUCCAAUGUAUUUCAUAUGCUCAGCACUUUCAACACAAGUGAUGUAAACAGGUGAUGUAGAAGUGUUU